AUGUUGCCAAUUAAAAUAUUAUAUGUUUUUAUUUACCUAAAUUAUGUGGUUGGUCAAUCAACAGAUUUUCAAAAUUUUAAUUUAAUUUUUGCUAUUGAUGAAACCCGGUAUGAAUAUGAAAUGUUGCGUUAUGUAUUACCUGUGGAAUUUAUAAAACUUGAUUAUACGCUAUUAGUAUACAACAGUGAUUCAGUUAUAAUAUCCAAAUACACAGAAAGUCAUAGACAACCACUUCUUCUAUCUUACACGAAGGAAGUGUCUAUGCCCACCACACUUGAAGAAGAUACGAGAGAUUUGCUCUUUGUGAUUGAUUUCUCACUGAAUAUUACGAAUAUGAGUGAAUAUGAAAAUUCUUAUUUAUUCGUCUUUUCAAAUUACCUGAACCCUGUUCACACGUCAACUGGACUUUCAAAAACAUUACGUAAAGCUUUAAAAAAACACGUUCAGGUGUCAUUUUUUACUUUUGAAUAUCCGAUGACUGAUGAAGUCAGUGCACACGAUGAAAUUAGUUCAACUCUAACCAACGCGACAGGUGGUGUAUUUCUUCCAAUAGACAGACUUGAUAAUUCGGUACGUCGGUACAUAAAGGACGAAUUAAUACAUAAAAGGAUUCCUGUGGAUACGAAAGUAUUUCAUGCGGACUAUGAGCCAAUAAGCGUGUUUGGGUUUACAGUGGAUAAGCAAACAGAAGACUAUAGUAUUAUUGUAAUUGGAGAUGGAGCUGAAUUGUUAUCGUUAAUUAAUUAUAGGAAUGAGUCUAUAGAAUAUACGAACAUAACUUUGUCUAAAUCUGUGGUCAUGGGCGUAUUUAAUGCUAGUACUGGUUUAAAUUUCGCUUAUGUCACAUGUGACGGUAAAUGCCAAGUUAUAUUCAGAGCUUCUUCAAAACUGAGAUUCACACCUGGAUUUUCUGCCGAGCCACCGGUACCUGGAAGCAAAAUAUCUGCUUUUCCACUAACAUACAAUAAAUCGUAUUUAUCAAUUGAAGUUAAGAAAUGCUAUGGAAAUAUCGAUAUAUUAUCGGCCGAAGUAUAUAAUCAAAAGAAUUGGUCCCAAUCACUCAAAAUACACAAGAUGUACGAUAAUUUAUACUCUUCAGAUAAACCGAUAUUAUUUCCAAAAGAUCUAAUUGGAGUAAGGAUUAACGGAGUCAUAAACGAAACAGAUGAAAAAUUUACAAGCAUCUACCCGCGAUUAAUUUCACCAUUUGAUAAGAACGAUUUGGAAAUAAUAACAGUGAAUAUAACAAUUGGAGAUCAUUUGACCAUGGAAUGUUCAGGAUUAGACGGUGAAUGGAUUUUCUAUUCUUCCAGGCAGAGUCCAGCAUUGUCUCUAGAUACCGGGAUACAGUAUUUCAAAAUAAAACGGGCUACACUUGAAGAUGCUGGCUUAUAUAUGUGUAGAAAGAAUGAUGCAAUCAUUACGUUAUAUAAAGUACAAGUGCAAGUACCACCCACUAUUAGCAGAGUUAGCAAAAGAAUGAUAAUCGCAAUGAUCGGUGAUCCAGUUGUAGUGAUGCCGUGUCUUGCUACUGGCAGCCCUGAACCCAACGUAACGUGGUCGCUUAAUGGAACUAUAGAAUGCACCAAGUGUACAACUGUAAAUAAUUCUUUGGUUAUACAUAAUGUAACAGCUGAUUCCGCUGGUAUAUACACAUGCAAGGCACAAAAUUCCCUUGGUUCAGCGUGGGAAUACUAUGUUCUUACUGUGCAAGGAGCACCUUCGCAGUUAUACAUACGCAAGACUUUAGUUAUCAUUAAGGAUAGAAAAACUAAUAUCCUCUGUAACAUAACGCAUUCGGAAGAAGACACCCUGAGGUGGUAUCGAGAUGGACACUUUCUUAUGAAUGGAAAGCUAACGCUAUAUGGACGCUUACAAGAUUCCGGAGUGUAUACGUGUCGAAUUACUAAAUUAACCGGCAUGAUGGAUUAUACAGUUAAUUUGACUGUCUGUUCACCACCGCAGUUCCUUAAGCCAGAACCUUCAAUUGUUUUCAUUUCUACUCGUACUAUAUUACGCUGUCAUGUUAUUGAAUUUGGUGAAACUAAGUUUACUUGGACAAAAGAUGGCCAUAAAUUGAAUGGAAAUCAACCGGAGUUGUUUGCGGCAUAUCCCGGGUCAUACAUUUGUGAAGUGACGUCACAUUGCGGAAGGAUAUCACGCCGAUUUGAUGUUGUUAUAGGUGGCUGUAUAUUGAAUGUUGACAGCGACUUUGAUGGCGUAAAGCCCUUUAUUUUGAAUUCAAAAGGAAACUUGCUCUCUCCAAUGUAUAACACUCUAAACGACGCUGUUUAUAUUGAAUUUGGAAAUUCGGUACACUUUAACUGCGGUUCAAACAUAAGUCUUUACCAUGACAAGGUUAUUUUAUCGAACAAUUUCGUCCAAGGGAAAUGCGUAAACGGUUCUGUUUUUGAAAUUGAUAAGGUUUUGUAUGAUUUUAAAAACUUAUCCUGUGAGGGAAGGUUAAAUAAAAUAGUGCGCAAUGACGAAGUUAGAUGUGGUUGGAACAAAACAUUACAAAAUAUUAAUUAUCAUUUUGGAAAGAUCUGUGUACAUUUAUACGAGGUAUGUGCGACCAGGUUGGAAACUGUUUAUAUAAGACACAGACUAAACAAAGCAAAGGCCAAUAAGAUAUCAACGCUUGCAGAUACGCCUAAACUGUUCUACAAGCGCCAAUCUCUCGCAAAUAAGUAUAAGUGUGAUUACAAUGAUUCCGGCUAUUGCUUUAAAAGUAGACAACUACUAAACGCAAGGGAUGUAUAUCCUGGCCAAGCUUUUACUGCAACAUUUUCUAAUUAUAAUAUAGUACCUGAGUGGAGACAAGGAUGGUCUAAUUGGGAAGAGCUAGAAAAGCGCGUUCGAAUGAUACCAAAUUCACUACACAAAACUGCUGAGGUGUAUGUUUAUAAUGGUGUGAUUCACACUAGUAAUUUAAAUGCAAAACUUAAAAGGACUGUCACUAUGAAGCACAAUUAUACAGUCACUUACACCAAUAGCAACAACAAACAAAAUAUUCAACUCACACCAAUGUUUUUGUUCAAGGCUGUACACUACUUAACUGAGCGUAUGGGAGUAGCGUUUAUACAAUUAAAUAUUCCCAACGUGACAAAGGAAGAAGCUGAAAAAUACGUGUUUUGUGACGACAUUUGUAAAGAUAUAGAGUGGUUGGGAAAUGGAGAUUGGAAAAACCCAAAGCGGGGCUAUAUUUACUGUUGUUCUAUCAGAGAGUUUAAUUCAUUAUUUGGCGAUGUAGUUCAUAUAAAAGGAGUCUUAGGAAUCUUAAGAAAAAUUUAA